AUGUCUGCCGUUACUACCAAACUCAAUCAUCUCAUGAUGAUCGGGGACAAUUCGCGCAAACAUCAGCACUCGGCCGAAUUCUAUCAGUACCUCGGGCGGAUGCCCACUUCCGUAACCAAGGAACAACAAUGGUCGUACAUACUCCGCCUCUCGACCAUCAUACAGUUACUAGAAGGAGACGAAAUCAAAAACAUCUCGGAUUACCGCAUAUCGGCCUACGUCUAUGCAGCAGUUGAUGAAGCGAGAGGCGCAUUUGACGGCGCAACUGGCGAAGUCAUCGACGACUUCAGGAGCAUUUGCGUACUACCCCAUCGCGCCUGGCAGGUUUACUGCUGGUGCCGGAAAUGCGUCCCUCGUACCUCCAUAAUCAACCACUUGCGCCACACCGCAAAGGCUGCUCCCCGGUACGAAGACGCGCCCCUUAUCCAGACGGGUAUAGGUCGGGAGACCUGUAUCCGCACUCUUGAGCAAAUAUGGCUGCUCAUACCAAAGCAUGAGGUGUGCCCGGAACGCCAACUGCUCUGGGACCAGCUCAACGCCAGCCCUUCAUCAGUUCCUCCAAGGUCGCCUAGCUGGCAGGAGAUGGGAAGCGACGACGUCGAUACAGCCCACCAAUGA